UCCAAUUUCUUAUCUGUGUCUGCGUUCCUCAUGAAUUUCUUCGCAUCCGUUUUCUCCGACUCCGACAAUGCGCACCAAAACGAAUCGCAAGAGGAAGCCAAUAGCGAUUCCUCGUCGCCGGAGUGCCGUUCCGAUUCCACCGGCGCCGGUGCAUGGGAAAUCGGCGAUCUGUGGAAAAGGCUGAGCGCGAAAUCUGAAUUGAUCAUUGAGACCUACCGUCGCGACUUGCAGGAAUUCGGUACCGGCUUGAAGAAGGAGAUUGAGGUGGCUCAGGGUUCUCUAGAGACGGUGGGCCACGUCAUCGACCAGUUCGGGAACACCGUCGCGAAAGGCACUGCUCACUUUAUAUCUCACGGCAAGGACGCCAUCCCCGUCGAUUCCGGGUCCGAUAGUAAUGUUAAUACCAAAAGCAAGACGGAAAAAAAGAGCUUCAAUUCGAGGCGCUACAGUAGGUUUGAGGCUCAGGUUCGGAUCAUUCAGGGUGACGUUAGUACUUACACCGAAGUGCCUGAGGAUUUAGAUGGGUAUGAGAAGUGGAAAUCGGGGUUUUCCUUGGAAGGGAAGAGCGAGGAAAUGGAAGAGUUGCUGAGAGAGAAUGAGGGUAUGGAGAGUGUUUACAAGAGGAUUGUGCCUAAUGUUGUUGACCGUGAUACGUUUUGGUUUAGGUAUUAUUAUAGAGUUUAUAGGUUUAAAAAAGCUGAGGAUAUGAGGGCGAGGCUCGUGAGGAGAAUGUCGAGGGAGGAGGAGGAGUUGAGCUGGGAUGUUGAAGAUGAUGAUGAGGAGGAGGAGGAGGAGGAGAAUAGUGACGAACAUAAUAAGCGGAAAGAAGGAAAUUCUAAUGGAACAGGGAGAUCGAACGUGGAGCAGAUGUAUAAGUCUUGUGAGGAGGGUUCUAAGGAAGGAAAGAGUGGUGAUUUAUUGCAUAGCAGGGGAACGGGUGAUAAGAAGGAUGAGUCUGUUGAAGAAUCAAAGGUUGAGAGUAGUAGCAAGGAAAUGGGUGAUGGGAGCAAGAAAAAAGAGGACGCAGUGGUUGACACUGGUAACAUGAAUGAUUCUGAUAAGAAAGUGGUCAUGGAACAGAAAAUUGAUAAUGGAAAAGAUUCAUCGGUGGCAAAUACGCACUCUGGGAAUGAGAAUGAGGAGAAGAAGGAGGAGGACCUUGAGUGGGAUGAGAUUGAGGAUCUUAGUGGAAUUGAUGAAGAGAAGGCAAUUCAAACAGGGAGCCCAACCAACGUUGAUUUGCGGAAGCGCCUCAGUACUGCACAACAACAACAAGACUUGAGUUGGGAUAUUGAAGAUGAUGAUAAUGAUAAGCCUGCUAAUGCUAAGGUUUGAGAAAUGUGUAUCACUCUCACGAGAUUUAUACAUGUAAGUAUGGUUUUGAUAACUCGAAGUAACACUCUUUUCCUACUUUUAUAUUUGUAUAGAUUUCUUAGGAUUAUUAUCACUUUCACAUUAUAGAUGUAUGAAAAACAGCUAUUUUUAUUGAUAUGUCAGCUCUCGUUAAUUUUCAUCAUAUGUUUUAUACACAUAUCUUAUAACCCACAAAUCAAUAAUAGUUUGAAGUUCUCUCUGUUCCUUGUACCUUAUUUGUUUCUCAAGGUUUGGCUAAACAUUUCACGUGAUAAACAAGAAACCAAAAGCGAAAAAGGUGACAUUGAGAAGUACAACGUU